GUAGCGACGACGAUAAAAACUUAGCGGAGAUGUUGUUCGACGGCGUCGGCCUCAAGAAGAAGCUCGCUAAGAAGAAAAAGCGGUUGCUACUUGACAAAAGCGAAAAGAAACUCCUGAAAAACCCUCUCAAGUACUCUCUCCGGACGUUAACUGAAAAACUGAAGAAGCCUCUCUCAUGUCGAUACGUCAGCGAGAACAAAAUGCACAAGCUGAACGUAGAAAACAUCCUCAAAUACUCCAACUGCACUCCGUUCCUGAACAAAACCAUAGCGGGCAUAUCCUGUGCUUACUGCAAAGAAACGUACCAAGAUCCGCAAGAUCUGAGAGUCCACACUCAAGAAGUCCACAGAAAUGACGAGCUACAUGACAACAAACGAAUGGAUAAAAACAAUUUGUCCAUCAAAAUUGACAUCACAGAUCUGAAAUGCAACAUUUGCAACGUCCACGCAGACACAAUAUCACUAUUGAAGAUACAUCUAACAAACGAACAUGAUAUCAAAUUUUAUCCGGACGCAAACGACUACAUCCUAGAAUUCAAAUUAACGGACACAGAAAUUUUGAACUGUGCGCUAUGUAACUCCACGUAUGAGACGUUCAAAAUGUUGCUACAACACAUGAACGGGCAUUAUAGAAAUUAUAUUUGUGAAGUGUGCGAUAUGGGCUUCAUAAAUAAGCACAGAUUGAAAAAUCACCAACGUACACAUGAUAUUGGUACGUUCAAAUGCUCGUAUUGUGAUAAAGUGUUCACGACUCGAGUGAGGAAAGCCUGUCAUGAGAAAUACACACACAACACCAGUGCUAGAUACACAACUAACUGUCCACACUGCGACCAAUCGUUUACAAGCUAUUAUCAACGCAAUAGGCAUAUGUUUAAGGAGCAUAAUCAAGUGGCAGCGAGUUACAAGUGCAAUAUAUGCGUGAAGUCCUUCAUUUUGAAGUCUAAAUUAACGUCUCAUAUUAAAAAAGUUCAUCUAAUGGAGCGGAAUCACAUCUGUGCGGAGUGCGGUCAAGGAUUUUUUAUCAAGCAGUCGUUGGAUGAGCAUAUGAUUAAACAUAACGGUGAAAGAGUGUUCAAAUGUACAGUGUGUCAUAAGGCGUACGCUAGAAAGAAGACUCUAAGAGAGCAUAUGCGUAUACAUAAUAACGACAGGCGUUUUAAGUGCGGUGUGUGCGGUUCCGCGUUCGUUCAGAAGUGCAGUUUGAAGAGUCAUAUGCUAUCGAAUCAUGCUAUAACGCUGUCCGAGUAUGAAGCGGCCAGGAGUGAAGCGAGCAGUCCAUAGUUGGUAAGUAAUGGUAGCUUUAGUAGAAUUUAGGCCGAAGUAGGCAAUGAAAGCUACCGUACCGAUCCAGGGCUACUAUAUUUACCAGUUGGCACCACUGUAGAGCCUUGUCACUAAAGUCCGGUCCGGGGUCAUUGGACGAAAUUCUACGUGCUCAGCGACCGGACUAUAGCUGGAGGCAAAUUCUGGUCAGACAAGUGUCAAGAUAUUUGUGAAGACGCACAAAAUAUGUGUUCAUACUGUGUUAGAAGUUGUGCAAGAAUUCUUUGCGAUGUAUUCUUUUAUCAACGAAACUGUCUUCCAUUAUGCCCGCUAUCUUGUUUUUAGACUAACGUGUCACUGAAUAAAAUUAUUUUCUUUCUUUUUAUCAUUUUUAUAUUAUUUCAAAAAUACUUAUUUGCGGAAUGCGAGGAGUAAUAUUGCACCAAUAUCUUGCCACGUGUCUGUAAUCCUAAUGGUGCGUCCACACUGGGCGAACGGGCUCGCGCGGCAAACUCGACAUCCUGCUCACUCAAGAGCAGGGUGGGCAGGAUGACCAGCGUGCCGCACGAGCCCGUUCGCCCAGUGUGCACGCACCCUAAAACAGGCGCCAUCUAGUGAGCGCUGAAGCUGUGGAGGACUAUCGCAUUUUGCACUCACUAUAAUCAGCCCCCCUAGACAAAACGCACUUUUUGAUCUAAUCGAAAAUCGAAUCCGUCAAAACUCCAUACAAAAAAGGGGCUUUUCGACCACUUUUCGACUGGUUUGCGAUUAUAAUUUGCACUUUGUCUAGACCCUCUGGUCUGCGAGCACAUAGAAUUUUGUCCAAUGUCCCGCUCGCACACUCACUGCGGGCGCGCGUCGCACAGUCGCGACAGCAAUAUAAUUACGCGCGAGCGAUAAGGAUGGGUAGCUUGGGGUCAUUGGACAAAAUUCUACGUGCAGACCGGGCUUUAGAGUGGCGCCAUUGUACAGUAAGGUCAAACGCCAGUGGUGCCAACUACUCAUGUGAAGAGAAACUGUUAAUAUGAGUUUUGUUAUGAAUAUGAAGGAAUUCCUUUUUUAUAUUUUGUGGUUUGGAUUGGGGUACCAAUUUGACAGGAUUAUAACAGAAAAAUGUUUUUAAAAAGGUGCCUAACUCGUACCAUAGAGGCUUAAUUAUUUAUUUUUUUUAAAUUAAAUAAAUAAUUUUGACACUUAGUACCCACACAGAAGUGUUUAUAUUUUGUAAUUUUAAUACAUUAUGUGCAUCACAGAUUUAUGUUAUAAUAAUUUAGAGGUUUCAAAUAAACCAAUUAUUAUAUUACAGAU